AUGGUGGCCUUCUCCUCUGCCACUUCUACUCCGCGCGCAAAACUCGAACCCAACCCCGACGCCUCCGACCCGACCCGGCUCCCCACCAUCUCUAACCUCUCCUUCAACCAGGACCGCGACUGCUUCGCCGUCGCCACCGACCUCGGCUUCCGCGUCUACACAUGCGACCCCUUCCGCCUCGCCUUCCGCCGCGAAUUCUUCUCCGGCGGCGGCGUGGCUUUGGUCCGGAUGCUCGACACCUCCCAAAUCUUCGCCAUAGCCGGACGCGGACCCGACCCUACCUCCCCGCCCAACAAGGUCAUGAUCUGGGACGACCACCUCUCCCUCGGCGUCCACGACAUGCCGUUUCGCUCCGAGGUCCGGGGGCUCAAGCUCCGUCACGAUCGAAUCGUCGUCGUUUUGAAGCACAAGAUCGUCGUUUGUGACUUCCUUCAUCCGAAAGCUACGCAGGAGAUUUUGACCGCGGAAAACCCUAAGGGGCUGUGCGACGUGUCGCAGAGUCCGGGUCCGAUGGUGCUGGCGUGUCCGGGGCUCCAUAAGGGUGAAGUUCGGGUCGAGAAUCACGGGUUGAAGCGCAACAAGGUCAUAAUGGCCCACGAUUCCAGUUUAGCCUGCUUAGGGCUUACGCAAGACGGCCGGUAUUUGGCUACGGCUAGCACUAAGGGGACUCUUGUUAGAGUUUUCAGUACUUCAGAUGGUACAUUGCUCCAUGAGGUUAGGAGAGGAGCGGAGAGGGCGGAGAUUUACAGUCUUGCUUUCUCUAAUACUGGCCAGUGGCUAGCUGUGUCUAGUGAUAAGGGAACUGUGCAUGUUUUCAAGGUGAAGGUUGAUUCAGGUUCCAUGGAGAAUGAUGGAUCGUGCGGUACUUCAGAAGGCGGUGCUCAUAAUCUGUCCGGCGUUUCAUCUCUGUCUUUCAUCAAAGGUGUGCUGCCAAAGUAUUUCAGCUCAGAAUGGUCAGUGGCCAAAUUUCACUUGCCUGAAGGUCUGCAGCAUAUUGUUGCCUUCGGCAAGCGGAAGAACACCAUCAUGAUUCUUGGCAUGGAUGGAAGCUUCUAUCGAUGCCAAUUUGACCCUGUGAAAGGAGGAGAAAUGACACAGCUCGAAUGUCACAACUUUUUGAAGCCAGAAGAAACUUCAUAACAUUUGUAAAGAAAACUUCAUCCCUCUUCAUAUCAAGGCUCUGUUUUUUUUUUCA